UCAUGCUCCGCGUUAUGUUAUAAUCUACGCUCCACGGGCUCGGAGCCAGAUGUCAUUGUCAGACGGCCCCUAAUCGCCGGGCUGAGUAGCUGACGCUGGAUCGCCGAGCAGCGGCUCAGUCCGUCGCUGCAGCCCGGUCAUCAGCAUCCUACCAGCGUCCGCGGAGCCGUGACGCGACGUCGCUGUGAAAACCAACGGCGAGCGCUUCACCCGGAGCAGGUCACGACGGCGUAACACCAGUGGACAUGAGGGCACAUGCCACCGGGACUACUCCCCUAAGGCGGACCGGGAAUCCUGACUGGCGAAGGUUUUCAGCGAGCAAAUGAGAAAGAAUUAUCAUGAACAUUUUCCUGCUCAUCAGUCACUCCUUCACUGAGGAGCCUCAGCCCCUUUUGCUUUUGGGACACGCCGCUGCAGGGAUGAGAUAGUAGAGUCGGCCGGCCGGUGCAUGCUGCUACAACAACACCUGUGGCACUUGUGAACCUACCCGCUCUCCCCCUCAAGCGAAGUCCAGUUCAUCAGUGACGACAUGACUACACCGGCUCUCCUGCCGCUGUCUGGGCGCAGGAUACCCACCCUGUCACCUGGCGCCUCCUCUUUCCCACACCACAGGGCUACGUUGAGGCUUUCUGAGAAGUUCAUCCUCCUUCUCAUUCUCAGUGCCUUCAUAACCUUAUGCUUCGGGGCCUUUUUCUUCCUCCCGGACAAUUCCAAGCACAAGCGUUUUGACCUGGGCUUGGAGGAUGUGCUCAUCCCCCACAUUGACUCACCCAAAGAGGGAAAGCAUGCUUCAGGACAGGUGAUCAUACACGGACAGGGAGCACACGACGAGCACAGACACAGGGAGGAGGAGGAGAGCCUGCGGGACAAGAUUCGGGCAGACCAUGAACGAGCACUGCAGGAGGCAAAGGAGAAGCUAAGAAAGUCCCGUGAAGAGCUGCAGGCCGAGAUUCAAACAGAGAAGAACAAAGUGAUGGAGGAUCUGAAAAAGAAGGACCCGGGACCUAAACCUUUGCCACCUGUUCCCAUGCCCAGGGUGGUGGGCGUCAGUGAUGGAGAGCCACCGGAGCCAGACGUCAAAGAGAAACGGGACAAGAUCAGGGAGAUGAUGAAACACGCCUGGGACAGCUAUCGACAGUACGGCUGGGGUCACAACGAGCUGAAGCCCCUCGCCAAAAAAGGACAUUCCACCAACAUCUUUGGUAAUUCCCAAUUAGGGGCGACUAUUGUGGAUGCGUUAGACACCCUCUACAUCAUGGGUCUGCAUGAGGAAUUCAAGGACGGUCAGGAGUGGAUCGAACAGAACCUGGACUUCAGUGUGAAUGCUGAGGUGUCCGUGUUUGAGGUCAACAUCCGUUUUAUAGGAGGACUUCUAGCCACCUACUACCUCUCCGGACAGGAAGUGUUCAAACUGAAGGCUGUGCAGCUGGCAGAGAAGCUGCUUCCUGCUUUCAACACCCCCACAGGAAUCCCCUGGGCCAUGGUCAACCUUAAGAGCGGCGUCGGCCGUAACUGGGGCUGGGCGUCGGCAGGCAGCAGCAUCCUGGCUGAGUUUGGGACGCUCCACAUGGAGUUUGUCCACCUCACCUACCUGACAGGAAGCCCCGCCUACUACCAGAAGGUGAUGCACAUCCGAAAGCUGCUAGCCAAAAUGGACAGACCCAACGGGCUCUACCCAAACUACUUGAACCCCCGCACAGGCCGCUGGGGCCAACAUCACACGUCGGUCGGAGGACUGGGGGAUAGCUUCUACGAGUACCUGCUGAAGGCGUGGCUCAUGUCCGAUAAGACAGACACCGAAGCCCGCAAGACGUACGACGACGCCAUCGAGGCCAUCGAGCGCCACCUCGUACGCAAGUCCAACGGCGGCCUGACAUUCAUCGGUGAGUGGAAGAACGGCCACCUGGAGAGGAAGAUGGGCCACCUGGCCUGCUUCGCCGGAGGCAUGUUUGCGCUGGGCGCUGACGGCUCGCCCGACGACAAGGCUGGACACUACCUGCAGCUGGGAGCGGAGAUCGCACACACCUGCCACGAGUCCUACGACAGGACGGUGUUAAAGCUCGGCCCGGAGGCCUUUAAGUUUGACAGCGGCCUGGAGGCGGUGGCCGUUCGGCAGAAUGAGAAGUACUACAUCCUGCGGCCGGAGGUCAUCGAGACCUACUGGUACAUGUGGAGGUUCACCCACGAUCCCAAAUACCGACAGUGGGGCUGGGAAGCAGCACAGGCCAUAGAUAAGUACUGCAGGGUGAGUGGCGGCUUCUCUGGGGUGAAGGACGUGUACUCCUCCAGCCCGACCUACGACGACGUGCAGCAGAGUUUCUUCCUGGCCGAGACGCUUAAGUAUCUCUACCUGUUGUUCUCCAGCGACGACUUGUUGCCUUUGGAGAGUUGGGUCUUCAACACCGAGGCUCAUCCACUUCCCGUCCUUCACCUGGGCAACAUCACGCUGCCCGGCAGCGAGCCGGCCCAGUGACCCACAAGCGGGGCCUGCUCCUUCGCUGCAGCACCAGGGGGCGCCACCUGCCCGCCCAGCUGCCCGCCUGCCUAAGACCCAACCACAGUAUGAACACUGGACAAACUCACAUUCAGACUGACACUGCUUCUGGCGGCAGACGUCCGCUGGAGGAGACAGAGAGAGGGAGGCGCCUCCUGCACAGACCUGCAGAGCGGAGAGGACUCCCUGCGUCCACGCUGGGCUCCUCGCCUCUCUCUGUCCUCUCUGCUCUAAACAGAAGGACAGUGGUUGUGCUGCUCAGCCUCUGCUUUGGCUUGAUGAACUCUCUGAAGGGCCGAGCUCCAAGCUGGAGGCUUGAUUUAGUUUCUUUGUUAUAAUUUUUAGUGUUUUCUUUGACCAAACUUUCUUCUCAUACAGUCGCAGAGAGUGCGCAUGGGAUGUCAUGAAGGUCACUUUGACACUGUACAGAUGGAAGUGUCAUUUUUCCAGGCAGACAAGCUUGAGGACUUCACAGGGUUUGUUAAUAAGGAGUGUGGUUCGUUUGGAUGAAUCCCAAACGGGGACAGAGGGUGAAUCCCUCAGCUUCUCUCUGACACAAGCCUCCCACAGUCGCCUCCACCAACUCACCAGAUGAACUGGGACUCGUCACACCAUCAGCGGGAGGCAGAGUUGUGGCAACGCGCCUCCUUGUCAAGAAAAUGGACCAUAAUAGGUGGAACAGUCAACUACACAGAGGCAGCAGCAGCUUUUUCAUCUUCACCUCCACAUCGUCCUCCUCACUGAGCCACAGGUCGUUCCAAAACCGUUCUGCUGCUGCUCGGUUGGACGCUGCUUCUUUAUCGCCCUCCUCAUUCUCUGAUCGCACUAUUACACGGCUUCUCCACCGCUUAUGAGCCCAUUUCUCAACUUUGCCCUCCGAUAUUCUUCCUCGUGGUUCCCACCUUUUUAUCAGUCUCCACACAUCGAUAUCAGGUCACACUGUGUUUGAUUUUUAUGAAAUGAUCAGAGUAAAUCACUGCUGUAGCGCUGAAUAAAUGAGGAGCCUUCUGUUGCGCCUCGCUGAGCUGCUACGUCACCUCGUAUCAGCAGGUGAAAUUGUGAGCGUUAAGCAAUUCUGCUGUUUGAGCUCUAACUUCCAUCUUUUAUUUUUUGCAUCCACGUUAACCAUCAACAAGCAAAGUGCAAACACUCAGAGACUUUUAAUCUCAGAGCUUCUGCGAACCUCUGAUAAGUCCGACAAAGUGUGAAACUGUUUUUUCACAGUCUUAAUUUGGAACAAGUUCUCUGGAAAAGUUUUCAGCAGCAGAUGCUCAAUCACUGCUUAAAGUCGAUUGCGUGUGGUCGUGAGUCUGAUAUCUUAAUUGCUUCUCUGUCAUUUCUUCUCUUUGCAAGGAUUCAACCCUCUCAACAUUAAAGGAAGGAAGUUGAAGGAAGGAAAGAAUUUUCCCUUGGUUCCUAUGGUGCAAUUACACAUGUAGAGCAGCAUCAGCAGCAAUGCAAACACAAAUAUGAAGCAGUUUCGUGUGAGCGUUAUCUGAUUUUACAGUCCAUUUCCAAAAUUAGGCAGUAAAAAGUAUUUAUGGCAAUAAAAGCAAAUUCCCAUUCAUUGUUGAAGUCCCUUAAAUAUGGAAACAUACUGCAGCUGACUGGGCUGCUUUUUAUUCUGUAUGUUCAUGAUCAUGGUCGUCAUCAGGUUUAAAUUAGUGGCUGCGGUAGGUUUGUACGUGUCGCAGGAUAUCAAGUGAAGUAAAUCCCAUUUUCAUUAUCGCAUUGGAGGCUUUCAUUUUUCCUUUCCAUCUGCCUAAUUAAUUCCGUGCUGGUAGGAAUUUAAUUAUUACUUUAAACAGUUUUUAAAGUACAGUCGCUGAGUAGAUUUAAUGACAUGUCCAUUAAAGCUGUUCAGGCUCCUUCUUUGGACCGGGGGUUGUUCUGCUUCUGGUUCUUUUGAGCCGUGGGGUGAAGCCUUUGUGCUCUUUCUCAGUGUUUUUGUAGUUUGUUUGCAGUCUUUCCUCCGUCGUACAGAUAGACUCAGAUGUCCAUCAAAGGAUCAAGAUGAAGGCUGGAUCCCUCCUUCCAGCCGUCUCUCACCACCAGCAGGUCUCCUACUGCUUUCACGGUUCCUGUGAAAGAUGUCUGACAGCAGGAGAUGUGGUGUGACACUGGAAGCUGAAGUGAACGCCGGUGUUCGCCUGCAGACGAAGCAGGUGAAGCCCCGAGAAGCACAAAUUAUCUCAAAAGGCAGCACGAGACUCUGAUACGUCCUCUUCUCAUUACCAGCUUUCCAUCUCCCACCCACUUUUUCAGUCUCAUUGCAGAUUUUUUUAUUGGUCUCAUCUCUUUGGCUCCGGCAGCUUCGCUCAGUGCUGACGGGGAACUUUUGUCCUGUGACUCAGAAAGCCCAACUUUAAAUUCCUGGUUUAUGUUUCAACCAGUGAAGUCCAGUCUGUCCACAGGACAGUGUCGCAUAUGAUGCGUUUUGAGUUCCUUCGUGCUGAUGAUGCCACUCAACCGCAGCCGCCUGCUUUGUUUAAAGCUUAGGGAAACGCCUUUCUUCCUCUCCAUCCUCCUCCCAGCAUCAUCUCCGCUUCCCUUCUUCAUCUCAGCCAUCUUCUGUUCAUGCCGCACACUCCUGGCUCUCAGCUUCUAUCCCCAGUCUAACAUGCUCACCACAGUAACGCGUGGGCAGCCAUUGAGUCGCUUUUGAAAACUGAGUGUUCUGUAUUUGUAUUUUUACUGAACUAAAAGAACAAAAUUAAAGUAUGUGUAAAUAUGUUUAAAACUGAGACACAAAUUCAAUAAAGAUGUUAUGAAAAGUGA